CACUCUGGCUAGUUGUUAGCUUUAAUCCUAUAAUCUCUGUUAGCUUUCUGGCUAGUUGUCAGGGUAGUACAACAAUGCCAUAUUGAAAGUUAUUUGACAUUGUAUACAAAAAUAUAUUUUCCCACGUGCAUGUACGGAAGGGCCAGGUACAUUUCUAUUUUAUAACGUAACCGGUGAAUUAAUCGAAAGGAAGUUGGCUACACUUCUGUGCCACUCUUAUUUAACGACCUCCUUAAUGAGCUCGAUUAUCUCGUUUCGGUUUAAUCCUACUAGUAUUUGUUUUAACGUGGUAUUAUGCUAAGUUAUUAUAGUUAUGAAAUUGGUUUCCAUUGCAUUAACCUUCAGUCUUGAGGAUCAACUACAUAAUUUUUUUAUUUUGUAAACUAUAUAUUGUGUAUGGCUGGGUGUCACCCUGCCCCCACCUCUCAUACGCUAACAUCUGGAGUUGCUGGACGGAGUAUCUGCUUGAUUGGUCUCACACCUCAUUGUGUAACUUACUGUGGCAUUGCAAGUCAUAUCAAUCUGACCACAUCUUGAUUUACUGUCGCAAUGCUAGUCAACUAUUCUGACCACAUAAGGGUCCAAAUGUGGUGUGAUUGGUUGUUCUUGGGUAUAAAAUAAAUUGUGAAGCAUUGUUCUAGGGAUUCUUCAUCUACUGAGGUCUUCUCCUUAGCUCUGGCUUGUCUUACUCAUCCUUCCUCACUUCUGCUUUCUCUCUGAUUUACAAUAAUCAUGGUAGAGUAGGUCCAUGCAAAAUAGUCACGUUUUGGAGCACUGCUAGUACUUCUGGUGACCCUGGCAGAGGUAUGGCAGAGGGGCAGAAACUCAGCAGGGCAGAGACAUAUGUAAUGGCUGGAUUGAAUGGACACAACGGGACGAGAAAAGCAGGCUUGAAUGACACAGCAGAACACCAUACUUCCAACCACAGAAUCUCAGGGAUGACCCGUGUCACUUCCAGCAUGAGAAACAAGUGUGCUGCCUAUGUGCUGGCCCUGCGGCCUUGGAGCUUCAGUGCCUCGCUUACCCCGGUGGCACUGGGCAGUGCCCUGGCCUACAAGCUAGAUGGCUCUGUUGACUUGGUGAUCCUGAUGGUGUGUGCUGUGGCUGUGUUAGUAGUGCAUGGUGCAGGGAACCUGGUAAACACAUACUAUGACUUCUCCAAAGGGAUUGACCACAAGAAGAGUGAUGAUAGGACUCUGGUGGAUGAAAUUCUGGCCCCACAGGAUGUAGUCAUGUUCGGAGCAGUGCUGUACUCGGUGGGGUGCUUGUGUGCCACCCUGCUGUACUUUCUCUCUACCUUGCGACUGGAGCAUCUAGCGCUCAUCUACUUUGGAGGGCUCUCCAGCUCUUUCCUUUACACAGGAGGCAUCGGUCUAAAGUAUGUGGCCCUCGGAGACAUUGUGAUCCUGAUUACGUUUGGCCCACUGGCGGUCAUGUUUGCCCACGCUGUGCAGGUGGGCUACCUGUCGGUCCUGCCACUGGUGUAUGCCGUCCCUCUUGCUCUCAACACUGAGGCUAUCCUUCACAGCAACAACACUAGAGACAUGGACUCCGAUAAGCAAGCAGGCAUUGUCACACUGGCCAUCCUCAUUGGCCCCACACUCUCCUACAUACUCUACAACCUUCUGCUGUUUGUCCCUUACGUGCUCUUUUGCAUUCUGGCCACGCGCUACACCAUCAGCAUGGCCCUGCCUCUGCUCACUCUGCCCAUGGCCUUCCCCCUGGAGAGGCAGUUCCGCAGCCAGUGCUAUUCCAAGAUUCCACAGAAGACAGCCAAGCUCAAUCUCCUAAUGGGACUUUUCUAUGUCUUUGGGAUUAUUUUAGCACCUCAAGGCAGUUUACCUUUACUGUGAUAUAUUUAUUGUUUGGGAGAGGGGCUGUUUUUGUUUUAAUAAAGACUAGUUUAUGUAUGUCUUUAUAUGUGUAAUGAUUUACUAAAGGAGGUUAUAAAGGUUUUAAUUUAUUGUAUAAUUUAUACACUUAAGAGAAAUUGAAAACUUAGUUACGAUCCUGUAAUACUGACAUUAUAAACAGACGUGUUAUUGUUUCAGUAUUUCGCACAUAAUAUUUUUGUUGGUUUAAGAUGGAGAAGUAUUAGUCUCACAUUUGUCUGCUUUACAUGUGUACCCCAUUGGAAGAACCAUAGAUUGCCAUACAUUGUUGCUUACUCAGACAGUGAUGCCAUUAACCAAAAUGUCAUGUCAACCAAAUCAUUAAUGAUCUAUAAAUGGUACAGUACGCUUUACAAAUGUGUGUUAAUUGUUGACUUUCUUUGAUGAAUUGCAUAAUUUCAUUGGAUUCAAAUUAAACAUUUUUGGAAGAUAA